AUGCACAAUGCCGUCGGUGCGCAGAUGCUGGGAUCGUGGUCGCCAAAUCAUGGGGGAUUUGAGAGACGACAGAACGGCGAUAAUAAUCGUAAUGGACAAAACAAUGGACCCGACAACAGCGCGUUCACUAUCGUGUAUGGAAGAAUAUUUACACCUGGCUUAGGAAUCAUCCUUGCACCCCAGCCGUUUACGCCCAUGGGCGGCGACUUCCUUCAUAUCGCGCUCGAUGUCUCAGGCGAUGGCAAACUCCAAGUGCCGCCACGCAAUAUCGCCGACCCGCUCACCCAGGUCUUUAACUUUACGCUCUUCCUUACAUCUACGGUUACGCAGAAGAACUUCACUAUAUCGAACAUAACGACGUCCACACCGCCACUCGCAGACAUACUAGAUCAAGAAAGUGGUCAAACAGUCAAGCACAUCAACUUUGAAUGGCCUGAGUGUUUGGUCGGAGACAACAACGAGGAUGAGGGUUCUACUGCGAGGGGGGACUACAACAUCAGCAUACACCAGAACUAUCGACUGAAUGGCGUGGACCGAUACACCAUCUUCAACCUUCCCAUCAGCGUUACGAAUAGUAUUCAGCGUUUCCCUGGUGCCUCGCAGCUUACUACGAAACCCGCUCCCGGUCCGCUCAGCGCAAAUGGUGGACGAAUGCCCUGCGCCAUGAUCGAAAACCCGUUGGUCGACUUCCAAACCCAGGUCAACAGCGUUAAUAACCCACCGGGUACGCCUAUGCAGGACAUUGAGAUUGAGACAAGCGGAAGGAGUGACGGCGGUCAAGUUGGAGGAAAUGGGCCGGACGACGGAUCGGGUGGGAGGGGAAGUGGGAAUAACAAUGGCAACGGCCAGGGUGGUACGGGUGGGCAAGGCGAGAUCGCAGGUCCAGGCGGUAACGCUCAACUGGGAGCGGCUGUGCGGAUGUCGGGGGAGCAAUUCUCGAUACUAAUGAUUGGCAUGUUGGGAGCGGUCGUAGUGAUGUGCACCUCAGUUAGUUUGUAG